AUGUUAAAAAAAAUAUUACUCUUAUGGACAGCAGCGUUAUGUGCGUUAGCCAUCGAUCCUAUUGAAGUCAAAGGAAACGCAUUUUUUGUCAAGAGCUCAGGCAAGAGGUUUUAUAUUAGAGGCGUGGACUACCAACCUGGUGGCUCGUCAGAGCUUGAAGAUCCUCUCGCAGACACAGACGUAUGCGAAAGGGACAUUCCUUAUUUUAAGGAGUUAGGCAUAAAUACCGUCAGAGUCUAUUCAAUAGAUAAUACAAAGAACCAUGAUAAGUGUAUGAGCCUUUUAGCUGAUGCUGGUAUCUAUGUUAUCCUUGAUGUUAACAUUCCUGAUGCCUCUAUAUCCAGGUCAGAUCCUGUAUGCUCAUACAACACCAUGUAUUUGGAACAGGUUUUUGCAACGGUCUUAAAGAUGUCCAAAUAUAAUAACACCCUUGGAUACUUUGCAGGAAAUGAGGUUAUCAACGAAGAUUACACAUAUCCAGCCUCUUAUGUCAAGGCUACGGUCAGAGAUAUGAAGAAUUUUAUAAAGAAACAAAAAUUGAGAGCUAUUCCGGUUGGUUAUUCAGCUGCAGAUGUUGAACAAAACAGAUUAGAAACUGCUCACUAUUUCAAUUGUGGUGAUGACGAAAUGGCCAGAGUCGACAUCUUUGGUUUCAAUGAUUAUUCAUGGUGUGGACGUUCUUCUUUUCAAUUAUCUGGCUAUGACCAGAAAGUCGAAGCUUACUCAAACUACUCUAUUCCGUUAUUUUUGUCUGAAUAUGGUUGCAACAAGGUCACUCCUAGACCUUUCACGGAAGUGGAGAGUAUAUAUUCAGACAAAAUGACUUCCGUUUUUUCGGGUGGAUUAGUUUAUGAAUAUUCUCAAGAAGCAUCUAACUACGGCUUGGUCAAGCUUAGUGGCAAAAAGGUCACCACCACAGACGAUUUUGACAACUUGAAGUCUGAGUUUGAAAAGACAAAGAACCCAUCAGGUGAUGGAGGAUACCAGAGUGAUUUAUCUUACUCUAAUUGUCCCAAGAAAACCUCUGAUUGGAACGUUACGUCUGAUAUCCCAGAUACUCCUAAAGGUGCUUUGAAGUUUAUUAGAGGUGAUGCGACUCCACAAGGCUCAGGGUUUGAUGCAUCGACUCAGUGGGCUUGUGUUGCAAAGGGAAAUAACGUCGAUUCUAGUUCGUCUUCAUCAUCCUCCUCCUCCUCCUCCUCAUCAUCAUCAUCAUCAUCGUCUUCUGGCUCUGACAGCUCAUCUAGCCAUGCUUCAUCUAGCAGCCAAUCCUCAAACUCGGGAUCUCUGAAAAGCUCUUUAGGAGUCUCUGGGAUUUCUGACUUAUCUACCGUUCUCUUGGCGUUUGCUACUUUAGGAGGAGCAAUCAUAAUUGCCUGA